ACGUGACCUAAGGGCGGAAUUGCGGCGAGUCCCAGGGCCCAGCCGUGUGGUCGUCGCUCAGCUAGCUGGAGCCAUGGCGGGUUUAGUGGACUUCCAGGACGAGGAACAAGUGAAGUCCUUUCUAGAAAACAUGAAGGUGGAAUGCAACUACCAUUGCUACCACGAGAAGGACCCGGAAGGUUGCUAUCGGCUGGUGGACUACUUGGAAGGAAUCCAGAAGAAUUUUGAUGAGGCUGCCAAGGUGCUGAAGUUCAACUGUGAAGAGAACAAGCACAGUGAUAGCUGUUACAAAUUGGGGGCCUAUUAUUUGACUGGAAAAGGUGGAUUGACCCAGAACCUGAAAACUGCCUCUGAUUGCUUUCGGAUGGCAUGUGAGAAACCCGGAAAGAAGUCUGUGCAGGCAUGUCACAACCUUGGUCUCUUGGUACAUGAUGGACAGGUCAAUGAAGAUGGUCAGCCCAAUCUGGGCAAGGCCAGAGACUACUACACAAAGGCCUGUGAGAGCAACUUUGCCUCUAGCUGCUUUAAUCUCAGUACCAUGUUCCUCCAGGGUGCCCCUGAAUUUCCCAAAGACAUGGGCCUGGCAUGUCAAUAUGCAAUGAAAGCUUGUGACCUGGGCCAUUUCUGGGCCUGUGCCAAUGCCAGCCGCAUGUAUAGGCUGGGGGAUGGUGUGGAUAAGGACGAAGCCAAAGCUGAGUUGCUAAAAAAUCGUGCUCAGCAGCUGCACAAAGAACAGCAGAAAAGCGUCCAACCCUUAACAUUUGGGUAGUCUGGCACUGCUCAGGUGCGUCAAAAAGCUUAGGCUGUUGCUGACUGUGGAGGUCAACCUGCUAGAGCAGGAAGAUCUGGGACUUGUUAUCCGUGGCUUUGGUUCCAUAAACCUCUUGUUCCAGAGUGCCACCUACUGGAGUAUACAUACCCUGAGAUAUUUAUUUAGUCAGUUUUCUGUAUCUGGUGUGUGGUGAAGACAACCAUGUUUAUGGGGUGUUCGUUUUCAAACUUGUUGCUCUAUGAAAAGAUGGCAAACUAGAGCCGUCGGGAUUGUGAGUGGGAGAAGACACAAGAGCAAGAAGUCAGAAAAAUUAGCAGACACAGGGCCUAACAGGAUCAAACAUCAUUAUAACAAUCAUUAUUAUUUUGCUUGGGAAGGCUUGGAAAUCAGAAAGUAUCUUGAAUUUACAUAAUAGAGGUCUUAAAGGAGCUAAGAACAGUAAAAGUCACAACUGCUACCCUCUGACUUACAUGAUAUGGGCUUCCUUUUUAACUUCACAGUUAAGAGAUUUUGGUAUAUUUAUAGAGAUCAGGAAGGACCUGAGACACACAACUUAAAGGUCCUUAUGCUUCAGGUUUGCUAAAUAAGAUGAAACAAGCUUUUUGUGGAUACAUUGACUGUCAAAGAUUAGCAUUCCCCAAGCCACUCACACUGAUGAUUAUUCCCAAGGUACCUUCAUAUCAGAAUUCCUUAGCAAAGGCUGUGACACAUUUACUCCCGCCUCAAAUGAGUCUUUUUUUUUUUUUAACUGUCUCUGAAUAAACUAUUUUGAUUGAUCUGUG